CGCAGCACUAACGUACGUACGCCGGUUUUUUGGGUAACCAACAUCAGUCUAACUUCACACACUAAGCUGCAGGAAGCCUACGCCGCUCAGGACCAAAAUACGGCCGUUUGGAGGAUUGAAAGAGAUGGAGACGCUGGACGCUUCAGAGGAGCGUAAGAAGAGCGGCCAGCCCUCUCUGCUGGACAGCGGCGAGGACUUUGAGGUUUUAGAUGAGGAAGAUAUUGAUGAUGAUGAUCCUCCACCUCUGGAAGAUGCGGGAGGUGGGAAGGGCAAACAUACAGAUGACACAGUGAAGAAAACUGCAGAUGAAGACCCAGACCCUUCGGGCCAAGUCGAUGAAUGGUUGGAUGUAUUAGGUAAUGACCAACUGAAGAAAAAAGUCAUUGAGGCGGGGAAAGGUCGAGACAGCCGACCUCAGAAAGGACAGAAUGUGAAGAUUAACCUUAAAACAUUCCUAGUGGAUGGGACUCUUGUAGAGGAGCAACAUAAUCUCUCUUUCACUCUAGGAGAUGGUGAUGUUAUCCAGGCACUGGAUCUAACAGUUAUGCUUAUGGAAAUUGGAGAGAAGGCCCUCAUCCAAAGUGACGCAAAAUAUGCAUAUGGUACCAAAGGAAGUCUUGAACCUAAGGUACCCCCAUAUGCGGAGCUGUCUUUUGAAGUGGAACUGCUGGAAGCUGCUGAUUCUCCUGACCUGGAACUGCUGACCCCCACAGAGAAGAUUGCCCUUUCCAACCAAAAAAGAGAGAGGGGCAAUGUCUACUACCAGCGUGGGGACUAUGCUUUUGCUGUUAACUCGUAUAGCAUUGCCCUGCAGAUAACGGAAUCUAGUUCCAAAGUUGAUAUCACCCCUGACGAGGAGACUGAGCUGUUGGACGUGAAAGUAAAGUGUCUGAACAACAUGGCUGCUUCCCAGCUGAAACUGGAACACCAUGACGCAGCUCUUAAGUCUUGUGUCUCUGCACUUGAACAUCAGCCGGAUAACAUAAAAGCACUUUUCCGCACGGGCAAAGUACUAGCUUUGCAAGGUGAAUAUUCAGAAGCCAUUCAAACAUUGAGGAAGGCAUUGAAACUGGAUCCAAGCAACAAGACAAUCCAUGCUGAACUUUCCAAACUGGUGAAGAAGCACUCGGAGCAGAGGGGGGCAGAGCAGGCCAUGUAUAAGAAAAUGCUGGGUAACCCUUCUCCUGGUAGCAGCACGCAGAAACCCCGGGCCAAGUCUUCAUGGGGUCUCAGCUGGAAGUGGCUUUUUGGAGCCACUGCAGUUGCCAUCGGCAGUGUAGCUUUAUCUGUCGUCAUAGCUGCCAGAAAUUGAAGUGAGCCUGCGACGAUGACUUCAUGACUCAAAAGCAGUGUGAGAGCAUAAACACUGCAGCACAUCUGGGAGCACCUUCCGACCAAAGAGGGUGGAAAUGUCUGUCGCCACUUCACCGUCACUCUCUUUUCUCUACUGUGUUUGAGAAAUAUGUGUGACAAAUAAGCCUCACUAAUUGCAUCGUGGAAAUACAUUUCCAGCCUUGUAAAUGCAUACGGUCAUGCAUAUCUGUCAUAUUUCAUGCCUUUUUUUUCCCCCUGUUGUCAUUGUUUUUGUUGUGGGUAGUCAAUGAUGGGAACAAAUAUAAUAGUUUUGAGAAGAAAAGUAGAUGAGACCACAUUCAGAUAGAAGAUAUUUAAAAGAUUUGUUUUUCUACACAUGCUCAAAUGAUUAUGGUCCUUUAUUUAUGCUGAGGUAUCAAAAUACUAUGUUGUGCUGUAAAAGAUAUUUAUUAUCCACAGGAUGUGAUUUCAUUUUUUUGUGCUAAAAUGUUUGUCAAAUUACUCCCUUUUGUCUGAGGAACACAAGGUACUCGGCUGUGCACUACUCUUUCCACCUUUUUAUUUUUACACAUAAAUACAUACAUUAAAGUGACCAAAGUAGUAAUAAUAAAUAAUUUAUAAACAAGACGUGCAAUACAACAGCCCUUGAAGAUGUACUACAGUGCUUAAGUUUUCAGUUUUCCCUCAGCUGAUAUGAAGGAAGUACUCACAAGUGAAAGAAUGCUGUGGUAUAAUGCAUAGACAUACUUCACAAUAUAAACAAAACUGGGCAAACGUCCUAUGUAAAUAUACAGAGUUCUUGUAUUGGAUUGAAAGUGACAGUUUGCGGUUAUCUUUACACUUCAGUGCUCAGAUUUACAUGUUAGAUUGUGGCUCAUGGACCACAUUGAUUGCAGAGUGGAAGUAGUUUAUUCCUUGAUAUUAAUUAAUUAUACCUCAAGUUUUGUUGAUGAGAUCAAAUGUUGAAAGUUGUACUUCAGUAGACUUUAAGAUUGCAUGAGAAGUUGUCCUUAAAUCAUGUUCCUAUAUGUGUUCUACUGUUCUUGCUUGUUUUACAACAUAAAUGUUACUACAAGAUGGUGGCUUUCCUGGAAUAGUAAAUAGACUAAUUGAACCAAAUGUUCCAACAUUUUUAAAUAUUUGAUGACAAACUGGUUUCUGGCAUUCCCUGCAUUUUAGAAUUUUCUAUUCAUCACAAUAAAAGUUGUUUUAUCAAA